GGUGACAUCGCCGGACGCACGAGAAAGCUCCAAAUGAAGCAGAGAAGCUGUUGAAAAUUUGUCAUCGACACCGUAUUUUACGACGGCAAUUCAGCUUCUGCUUCAUAAGAGGAACACACGAGGACAUCACAGCUCAGUAUACUACCCUCCUCCGACCUCCGUGCGUCUUGCAGUUCGCUUCUCAGGGUGCACGCCGAGUUCUCGAUCGUAUCCUGUUCGUUGCUCGACAUGGGCACGGGAGGUGUCGCGCUGGUCGCCGCCGCCCUCGCCGUGGUGGUGGUCACCAGGCUAUGGACGGCUCUGCUCCACCUGGUGUGGCGCCCCUACGCCGUGGCGAGGGCGUUCGCGCGGCAGGGCGUCCGCGGGCCGCCGUACCGUGUCUUGGUGGGCAACAGCAAGGAGGUUCAGGCGAUGCGCGCGGCGACGAGCGGCGACACGCUGGAGCUCACCUCCCACGACUACAUCCCGCGCGUGAUGCCGCAGUACCGCGCGUGGAUGUCGCUCUACGGCAAGGUGUUCCUGACGUGGUCCAGCUCGACUCCUGCGCUGUUCGCGGGCAGCUACGACAUGGUGAAGCGGAUCCUCUCCGACAAGUCGGGGCUGUACGGCAAGACGGACCCGGGCCCCACCAUACUGUCCCUGAUGGGCAUGGGCCUCGCCUUCACAAACGGCGACGACUGGUCGCGCCACCGCCGCGUCGUGCACCCUGCGUUCGCCAUGGACAAGCUCAAGGCGAUGACGGGGGCGAUGGCGGCGUGCGCGGCGGAGGUGAUACGGACGUGGGAGGCGCGCGCCGCCGCGAGCAGGGAGAAGGCGGUGACGGUGGAGGUAGGGCAGCAGUUCACGGAGCUCACCGCCGACGUGAUCUCGCACACGGCGUUCGGCAGCAGCUACCGGCAGGGGAAAGAGGUGUUCCUGGCGCAGCGGGAGCUCCAGUUCAUCGCCUUCGCCUCCAUCAACAGCGUGCGCGUGCCGGGCAUGCAGUACGUGCCCACCAAGGCCAACAUGCGCCGCUGGAAGCUCGAGCGCACGGUGCGGGGCACGCUCAUGGCCAUCAUCGGCGAGCGCCUCGCCGCUGCAAAGCAGGCGAGGGGCUACGGCAGCGACCUGCUCGGCCUCAUGUUGGAGGCCAACGCCGCCGGCGACGGCGGCGGCAAGAGGCAGCAGCAGGCCAUGAGCAUGGACGAAAUCAUCGACGAGUGCAAGACCUUCUUCUUCGCCGGCCACGACACGACCGCGCACCUCCUCACUUGGGCCCUGUUCCUCCUCGGGACGCACCCGGAGUGGCAGCAGCGGCUCAGGGAGGAGGUGAUCCGGGAGUGCGGCGGCGGCGAGGUGCCCCUCCGCGGCGACGCCCUCAACAAGCUCAAGCUCGUGACCAUGGUGCUUUACGAGACGCUCCGGCUGUACGGCGCGGUGCCGAUGAUCGCGAGACAGGUGACCGCGGACGCGGACCUCUGCGGCGUGGAUGUGCCCAAGGGCACCAUCCUGUUGAUCCCGAUCGCGAUGCUUCACCGCGACGAGGAGGUGUGGGGCGCGAACGCCGGCGCUUUCAACCCGCUCCGGUUCCGGGAUGGCAUGGGCAGGGCGGCGGCGCACCCGAACGCGCUACUGUCCUUCUCCUUGGGCCCGCGGUCGUGCAUCGGGCAGGACUUCGCGAUGCUGGAGGCCAAGGCGACGCUGGCACUCAUCCUCCGGCGGUUCGCCUUCGAGGUGGCGCCGGAGUACGUGCACGCGCCGGUCGACCUCCUGACUCUGCAACCGUCGAAAGGGCUCCCGAUCGUGCUCAAGCUCUUGGAUGUGUAGUAGAGAGGAUUGGAAGCCAUCCUUGUCACAAGUUCCAUUUGAAUAGGAGUAUAAAUUUCCAUUUGGCAGCUUAUCUUUUCAGCUUGUUUGGUUGUCUAAAAAGUUAUGACUAGAAAUAUUAUUUGCUGAUUUUAUUGUGAGAGAAAACACUGCUAAAUAACUAGUUCAAGUAAACAUGAUCAACAUUCAUGUAUGAACUGCCAAAUCAUUAAUUAGGCUUCUGUCUUCGGCGGCGAUGUGUUCCUCA